AACAACUAAAUGAGAUGACAGCUAAAUGAGAUGACAACUGAAUGAGAUGACAACUAAAUGAGAUAACAACUAAAUGAGCUGGCAACUAAUUGAGAUGACAACUAAAUGAGAUGACAACUAACUGGCGAUCGGUAAUCAUGAUGUUUUUCAUUACAAAUGUGCACAAAAAGGUCUUUUUUUGCCAAAGACGACUCAUCUCCUCCUCCCUCCCUGUGUUACGACAAUAUCGAAUUUCAAGUAGUAACGGAUAACGUGCAGGGGCCAAACGCUCUUUAGGUAGCUCUCCCCUCAUGUGACUUAUCAAUAUUAAUGGGUUGAAAGUUGUGAAACUGUAUUAAAUUCAACUCUAUAUAAUUUGAUUUAAUUGAUAACCAAAGAAAAUGUGUAUGUUGCCACCUUUGUGAAGAUGUCCGACAUACAAAAACAGAAGUAUAGGUCAACAUCAGAAAAUCACAUUUUUUUCGUGAAUCAGAAUGACAGAAAUAAAACAGAACUUAAUAAAGUGACAAAUGUUUAAUGUCAAUAGUUUAGAAAAACGGCUAAUUUAUAAUUAUAUACGAAUUAAUUGUAGAUAUUAAAGAAAUCAUUGUAUAAUAGACAUAUAGUAGAGGAAAUACCAGUAUAGGAGUUAUUGCCCUUGACAGAAUUUUUUUGCAUUAUAAAUAAUUGAUUACCUAUGGAAAUAUAAGCUUUUUCACCAUCCAUAAGUUAGCAGAUUUUUUAUUUGAUUCAAGGAAUAAAAUUCCUCUGAAAGAUAUAUUUUUACCAUGCACAAAAUUUGUAUUGUAGAGAAAUAUAUACAGGCUUAUUCACAAGUUUUAAAAUAGCAAAUGAUUCAUUGACAAAGAAACCAGUUUUAUUACGGCAGGUAACUCCGUCAGUAUGAGAGUGAUUUUAAUUUUGUAUUCCUUAUAGGAGUUAUGAGAUUGGUCAAUGUUCUUUAUCUUCACCUUUACAUUAUCAUUUGAUACAUGUGUAAGUGGUGGUUUUCUUAUUUAAAAUUAUAUACUUGUAUAAUUAUGUAUUAUAUAAACAUAGAAUGUUACUGAAUAAGAGUUUUAGUAUUAGCAUAUACAUGUAUACUUGAUUUUUCAGAUUAUAUACAUUGUACACAAUUAUGUUUUUAUCUACAAUUAUGAUAUUUCAAUUCAGUAUAUUUUUUCUUUAAUUUAUGCAACCUUUAUAUUUUCCCUUUCAGUUAUACCUAUAUAAAAUACCGGUAGACCUCCUUGCCAAUUAUUUUUAACCCUUUUUAUCUCACACGUGCUGAAAGCGCAAGUGAGCUUUUCGGAUCACUUUUUGUCCGGCGUCCGCCUGUACUAUUACGGCCUAGAUAAGCUUCAGUACUCAUUUGAAAACGUUAGAAAUUGAAAACCCCGCCAUAUAUAGAGGCUGCCAUGAUGUGGAACUCUUUUGUAUUCAAGACCACAAAAAUCAAUAAUUUUGACGUCAUACCGUCUGUUCCGGUUUUGAUGAGAUAAGGUCAUCACAAUGCAUGUGGUAGAUUAUACGAAUAAAAAGGUGGAUGCCUUCCUGUUAAGCUGUUAAAUGCACUAAUGCGUAGGAGAGAUGUGAAAAGUUUUUUUCUCUCGAAAUUUCUGACCCAAGUCGUCUGAAAAGAAAAGACUAUGUAGACUGUGGAUCCGUCAUUUGCGUAAUGACAAGUUGAGGUUCGAGAUAUUUAUAUGAAGAAACGUGUAUCGUCUGACUGGUCUGCGACUCGACUGAACGUCUUCUUUUCUCGAUUUCUUAUUGCGAAAGAACGGGCUCAAAUCUAUACAAUUUCAAACUUAACUGUUCGCGACUUGUCAUGUUUACAGUUUUACUGAUGAAAUAAACCGGAACCGACGGUUUGACGUCAUAAAUUAAACUUUAAUGGCCGCUCUCUUAGUGGCGGGUAAUUUAAAAUAAAUGCUAGAUUGAUAUUGUCAAAAUAUCAAAAUAGUAUGACAAAUGUUUAUCAUAUUAUUAAUCCUAGUAUAAUUUAUUAUGUAUUGGGAGGUGGGGGUUGCCUUCCCCUUUAAUGGUUGUAUCCACAGGUAAAAAGUGUUUGUUUUCAAAUAAACGUACAGAUCACUCUUUUAGAAGAAGAAAAUUAAGCAUAUAGCUAUAUAUUAAAAGAAAUCCGCCUUAACAACAGGUAUCUCUGUGUUAAUAUACUAAUUUGAUUGGCUAUUUUGUCAGUUUUUCCAAAUCUGCAAUCCUCAGAUUAUUUCGCUACGAGCUACGCGAUAAUGUGCGAGUGUUUUAAUCAUAUAAUCACGGCCAUGGCAAUGUGAACGGAGAUAAUAGCGUAGUUUGCGACGACGGACUUUUAACUUCAAUUGAAAUUUAAACUUGACAGCCAGUGGGUAUAUUUUAGUUUGUUAUUGUUUACACCGGAUGUUCCAUGUGUAACUCAGUGUUAGAGGAACACACUGGUUUUGACUACGGAUAACUCCGUUCACCUGAUCAAGAUAUACAUCGUAGAGCUCACGGCGUGUGUGACCGGUCGAAAGGGGAUGCUUACUCCUCCUAGGCACCUGAUCCCACCUCUAGUAUAUCCAGGAGGUCUGUGUUUGCCCAACUUAUUAUUUUGUAUUCCUUAUAGGAGAUAUAAGAUUGAUCACUGUUCGUUAUUUUCAUCUUACCCAUACACGCAGAAGAUAGUACUAUGUUUAGGUUAACUCGGCCUCCAAAAGACAAAUCCAAACUAAGAUUUAGUUUUACUCUGCAUUGACUAUGAAAUCAUCUCACUGUUUGCAAUUAUAUUAUGAAAUGUGACAAUAACGAACAGUGAUCAAAGUCCUAUAAGGAAUACAGAAUUGAGCAAACACGGAUCCCUCAGGCCUGGACACACCAGAGGUGGAGUUAGGUGCUUAGGAGGAGUAAACAUCCCCUGUAACAUCCGCCAUUGCCUCCAAUGUCUUGACCAGGUAAACGGAAUACUCCAUAGUCAAAAUCAGUGUGUCAAGAACGGCCUAACAAUCGGCAGGAAACACGUCAGAGGGUACUUGACUCAAGGAUAGGUUGUAUUGGUUAAAUAAAGCAUUACUAUGACCAUAGAAUUUUCGAAAUGCUGACUUUAAACGAGACAGUUGAAACCCAUGUAACAUCAAAUUGUUUGUCAGUAGCCUGCCUCGAUCUUAAAAACUGAUCAUACGCAGAACAAGCUCUUGCGUAUCGAAUCAGUUGAGAAAUAUAACAUUAUAUAAAGGUGAUCAUGGAAUAUUGCUACAUAAAUAUAAGAAAGUUGACAAUGGAGAAGCUGAAAUUAUCCCGUUUGUCAUAAAGUUGAGUUGUUAAUUUGCCGUUAAUAUUUAUUUUCAGUAAAAUAUUGAAGUACAAAGCAGAUGUGGAGGACUGUGUGGUGCCUUUUAUCUCGAGUUCACAGGGAUAUAUCGAAUCGACAUAGGAAUAAAAAGGAUCAUUGUUAAUAGAUAAAACGUCAGUGAUAUAUCUAAAUGUCGAGUUCUCACACAGUACACUACCUUGAAAUACACGUUUUCACGAUCACUGAGUAAAUCCGAUUCGCUAUGAUAUCCGGUCGACAGGGGAUGCUUACUCCUCCUAGAUCAAACAUAUAGUUCAAUUCAAGACUACUGCCAUGGAUAUUAAUUCAGGUGAUGACAGAAAACAAAAUCUAGAGAACAAAAUGGACCACACCCAACAUAGUGGACAUGGUGUUAGCCAGCAUAAUGAUACAGAUUUCUCAGCAUUUACUAUCAACAAAGAAAGCCAUGAAACUCAAGAUGGUGGUCACAAUUCAGAAAUCCCUCAAACUGUUUCCAAGCAAAGUGAUGUAGUUGAAGAUUCUAGAAGCAACGUUGUCAUCGUUUACAUGAACGUCCUACUGUCGAUCGCGGAGUCUCUAUUGUUCGGUGGUAUUCAAUUUGGAUGGAGCUCACUGGUUUUUGUUUACAAAGAAAUUGGACUAUAUGGAAACCUGUGCCCUGGUAAUCAAACCAGGUACCAAUCAGAAUCAUGUCCAAAACAGGAGGAAUAUCUCAAUAUGUUCUUUAGUAUAGCCACAGCCCUAUUAUUUAUUACGUCCAUUGUGGUUGGGUUUAUUCAUCAUAGACUAGGAACAACCAAGUGCAGGCUUCUGUUCAUAGUUAUUUGUUCCUGUGGAAUGCUUCUUUUGAGUUUCACUACCAGUGAUAUCCCCUGGUUGUUUCUACCCGGUCUUACACUGGUGGGUGUAAGUGGUCUAGCUUUACUCGUGACAGACAUGCACGUUGUAUCUUACAUUCGGAAAGGGAAGGCUUUUUUUGUCACGGUUCUGAACGGAGCAUUUGACUCGUCUGCUGUUGUUAUGGUGAUAGUUAAGAUAUUUUAUGAAAGAGGAAUAAAGAUUCAACACACGUUUUGGGGUAUAUUAGUAGUUCACCUUCUUGUUACAUUAUCCAACACUUUUCUUCACUGGAAGCAAUCUCAAAUGAUUCCUGGAAAAACCUCCUCUGAGAAGACGGAAUAUGAAAAAGGCAACGACGAAUUUGAAAAUGAAACACAAACAAACGGAAAAGAUCCCACGUUUUGGCGAUCAGCUUGUUCGCUUCGAUUCUCCCUUUAUCUGAUUUGGAUAUUUGUGUUGACUUUGCGAUGGUCCACGUACUUAGGUUCUGUGAACAGACAGUUUUCCAUGGUACUAGAAAGUGAUGAAAUGGUCAGUGAAUAUACAAACGUCCUGUCCUACUCAUUGUUUGGCGGUGUGUUGGUAUCCAUUAUUGUCGGGAGCCUUCUGGAAUGCAUAAAGAAACGAUUUGAAGGAAGAUCGGAUGUCUACAAGAAAGAUGUGUAUCCUCUCGUCAUUGCUCUCUCUACUGGCUGUACUUUGUCUCUAAUCAUUUCAAUACUUGGAAUCUUCCAAUCAGCAGACACGUUUUAUGCGGAGUUUGUUGUCAUUCCGUUCUACAGAUCUCUGUUAUUUUCUACCAACAUGAAUUAUAUUGUCGCUAUGUUUCACAACACAUGGAUUAGUCAUAUAUUGGUCAUUUCCUUUGCCUUGAUGGGACUAGCAGUGCUUUCACAAUAUUUUGUCUUCAAAUGGGUAGUGGAAAAUAAUGCAUUUCAACAGAUGAACUACAUGAUGUUGGGUUUGACGAUGGCGUCAUUCGCUCUUCCUGUUAUGUUGCUGUUGACUAGGAGAAGGGAUGGUAGUAAAAACGCACCUACAGUGUUGCCUUAAGUUGCGCAGAAUGCAACUUAAAAAGCAAACCUUUUAGAGUUGACCGGCUUAUUUCAAUUUUUCCUUGAUACAAAUUAUAAUUAUUUAACUCUAUUUAUAUGAAGACUACAUGAAAUAAAAUUGCGUGAUGUA